AUGGCUGUGGAUACAGAGACCUUUUUGCAUCUGUCGCGGCCUCUGGCGCCGACUGUCAACCUCCAGAGCAGCAUUGCCCCGCUCUCCGUCAACAUCCAGCCUCAGGCUAUUCUCUCCAUUCUUGACCAUGCCGUCCGUCGCGACCCCCCAGCUACUCCUACCACGUCGUCCCGCGUCAUUGGAGCCUUGAUAGGUUCGCGCAACGAAGACGGCAGCGAGGUCUCGGUUUCGUCGACCUUUGCCAUCCCCCAUACCGAGAAUGAGGACCAGGUCGAGGUGGACGUCGAGUACCAGAAGAACAUGCUCAACCUGCACCUAAAGGCAUCGCCGCGCGAGUCGCUGCUCGGAUGGUACACCACAUCGCACGAACUUAACAGCUUCAGUGCUUUGAUCCAGAACUUUUUCGCCAGCCCCGAGACCGGCACCUACCCCCACCCCGCUGUUCACCUGACUGUCUCGACAGACCCUGGCGCCGACGUCCAGCUUAAGUCAUACAUUUCUGCGCCCGUUGCUGUGAACGCCGAGCGCGCUGCUGAGAGCUGCUUCUUCAUCCAAGUUCCCCACAAGGUCACCUACAACGAUGCCGAGCGAUCAGCUCUUGAGCUCAUCUCGUCCGCCAAGGACAACGAGUCCCGAACUGCUUCUCUUCCCUCCGAUGUUGAGGGCCUCGCCCGCUCUCUCGAAUCAAGCGUCGACCUUCUUGAGCGCGUUUCGGGCUGGAUUAGUGAGAUUCUCGACGAGGAACGCGAGCCGAACAAUGCGCUGGGCCAGUACCUAAUGUCGGCGUUGUCGCUUGCUCCCAAGGUUGAUGCCGCCAGCAUCGAGCACGACUUUAACAACCACAUUCAGGAUGUCCUCAUGGUAUCAUACUUGGCAAACAGCAUCCGCACUCAGAUCGACCUGAGCCAGCGACUUGCAACCGCCAUCAUCAGCGAUGAGAAGGUCGACAAGGAGGAUGGAAAGGAGAAGGGCGAGCGCGGUGACAAGAGAAGCCGUGGUGGCCGUGGUGGCCGUGGCGGUGGCCGCGGUGGCAGGGAACAACGCGAGCCCAGGGAGCCACGAGAGCCCGCUGAAUGA